ACAGAGGUAAUUCUCCUUAUCUCUCUUUCUGAUAUUUACAUAGUUCUUGCAAUUGGGAUUCAUUUGAUUCUUCUUCUUCUUCUUAUUAUUAUUAUUAUGUUGUUAAAGAUUGCUUCUUUAUGAUCUCUUUAGUGUUCUUGUUCUUGGGAUUCAUUUGAUUCUUCUUCUUGAUAUUAUGGUGAAUUUGCAGUAAAUGCUACUACUUAUUGCCAUUCAAGAGCCCAAUGCAGUUUUUAUUGCUGCUGUAGUUUCUUGUGAAUUGAUACUUCUUGAGUCUUUGCCAAAGAUUAACACCUGCAGUGUUGUACCAUGUUGCUAGUGAACAAAAUAUUCCGGAGUCUGUUCUUAUCAGCAGUGAAGUUCUGUAACUUAAUUCCACCAUUCUCUUUCGGGUUCCGGCUGUUGCAAUUCGUCUUCACCCUUAGUUUUGAUGAUCAACUCUCUUUACUUGGACGCUGCGUUAAAUGUGUGGCUAUCAUUUACGAUCAUAUUGUUAAAAUCAAACAAGAAGUUGGAGCUGAACUGUAUGGUGAAGAUGCCAAUAUUACUGGAGAAGCUCGUUUGGAGGGCCGCGAACGCAUUAGGUAUACUCGAGGUCAGCUGCUGCAAUUGAAGGGAGAUAUUCUUAAACUCAAACAAGAAGUUGAAGCAGAACUGUUUGGUGAACAUCCCAAUCAAGAUCAUGCAGAUACCGACAGUGAAGCCUCUUGCUUUGGGAGCCGUGAUCGAGUUAGUUAUACUCGAGAUCAGCUGCUGCAAUUGAGGGAGGUUGUUAAUAUUUCUGAUCAUAUUCUUAAAAUCAAACAAGAUGUUGAAUCUGAACUGUUUGGUGAAGAUGCAAGUCGAGGUCAUGCAGAAACCGAUUCUCAUACUCGUUGUUCUGAAGAAGAUACCAACAGAAACGGAGAGUAUAAUGGGGAUGAACAACUUAGCUCGCAGUUUGCCAGAACUCAUAUAUCUCCCAACCAAGGGAUUGGAGGCUCUCGUGUUGAGGGUUGUAAAAGCUUUAGAUAUACUCUAGACCAGAUGCUGCAAUUGAGGGAGGUGGCUAAAAUUUCCGAAGAUGUUCUUAGAAUCAAAGAAGUUGCACCUCUACUAUUUCGUGAAGAUGCCAAUGUGCCAGCGCAGUCUCAGGCUCGUUGUUUCCAGCUGCAGUUUCCUACAACACAACAACAAUAUACCCUGUGGGAUCUGGACCAAGGGGAAGCAUUUAUUCCCACCUUAAUCAAACCCAAGCGGAAAAGAGCUCGAAGAAGAAAUCGUUCUGACAAAUAUCAUGUCUUGAAGACUGCGAAGGAGGUUGAUGAUAUCCUUAUAAUCAAGCAAGAAGUUGAAUCUGAACUGUUUGUUGAAGGGCGAGGUCGUGCAGAUGCCAAUGUGCAAGUCCAGCCUCAAACUCGUUGUUCUGAGACAGACGCCCAACAAAACCGAGAAUAUAAUGGGGACGAACAACUUAGCUCACAAUUUGCAACAACUCUAAUAUCUCCUAACCAAGGGGGAGGAUCUGCUGAAAUGCCAUGCUCGGCAGCGCAAAAAAGCAACUUUUCUGAUAAAGAUCAUGUCUUGAAGACUGUGAGGGGUAUACUCAACCAGCCAACUGCGAACAAAUUUGAUCUCCUCAAAAGUCAACUGAUUGCUUCAGAGAUAACGAAUGCAGACACUCUAUUUGGUGUUGUCUCCUUGAUAUUUAACAAAGCUGUACUGGAACCAACAUUUUGCCCGAUGUAUGCCCAACUUUUUUCCGAACUCUGUGAAAAGCUGCCUCGAUUUCCUUCUGAUGAACCUGGUGGUGGAAAGAUUACGGUCAAGCGUAUUCUGUUAAAUAGGUGUCAGGAAGCAUUUGAAGGUGCUGACAAACUGCGAAAUGAAGUGAGGCGAAUGAUGGCCCGUGAGCAGGAGUCAGAACACAAGGACAUAGAAAAAUUUAUCAAGUUGCGUAAUCUUGGGAAUAUUAAGCUUAUUGGCGAACUUUUUAAGCUAAGAAUGGUCGCAGAAAGUAUUGUUCGUUUCAUUGUUCAGGAACUAUUGAGCUGUCCGGAAGAAGAGAAUGUUGAAGCCAUUUGUCAGUUCUUCAUCACCACCGGCAAGCAACUUGAUGAGAACGAAAACUCAAGGUGCAUCAACGAUGUGUACUUUAAUCGGUUGAAGGAACUUUCAACAAGCCCUCAGUUGGUUCCACGGCUAAGGUUUAUGGUUCUUUAUGUGCUGGAUUUACGUUCCAAUAACUGGAUCCCUAGGUGGGAAGAGGUUGGAGGCUCUCGCGUUGAGGGUCGUGAAAGCUUUAGAUAUACUCUAGAUCAGAUGCUGCAAUUGAGGGAGGAAGUAUUUAUUCCCACCUUAAUCAAACCCAAGCGGCAAAGAGCUCGAAGAGGAAAUCGUUCUGGCAAAAAUCAUGUCUUGAAGACUGCGAAGGGUAUACUGAACAAGCUGACUCCGGGGAACUUUGAUCUCCUCAAAGGUCAAUUGCUAGAUGUAGGGAUAACGCGUGCAGACAUUCUAAAGGGUGUUAUUUCCUUGAUAUUUGACAAGGCUGCAUUGGAACCUACAUUUUGCCCGAUGUACGCCCAACUGUGUUCUUAUCUCAACGAAAAACUGCCUCCAUUUCCUUCUACUGAUGAACCUGGUGGCGAAGAGAUUACAUUCGAGCAUGUUCUGUUGAAUACUUGUGACGAAGCAUAUGAAGUUCUUGAAAAACUAAAAGAAGAGUUUAUGCAAAUGACAGCCCCCGAGCAGGAGUCAGAACGCAAGGACAAGAAAAAGCUGAUCCUAUCGCGCGCUCUUGGCAAUAAAAUGCUUAUGGAAGAGUUCAUUGUUCAGGAUCUGUUUUAGCACACCAUACAGAGGUUCUCUGCUAGAUAGAUCUGCAAAUUCAGCCCUGCAAAAUCGUUGAUAAUUCAUAAUAAUAUUGGUUUGAUCAACUUCUGUGAACUAUGUAAUGAAGUAUAGAAAAUCAACUGCUUUACCUAUGUACUUUUAUGGUUGUGGUAAAUUGGUAUCUUGUUAAUGGAAGAUUAGCACAGCCUAAA